AGGAACUGUGGAAUAUAAGUAUUGGGUGAAGUGCCGAGGUGGUCUCCCCAACCCAGGCUUGGUUCCAGUUUUCUCUCUCUGAUCUCAUUGCUCCCCAUCCAGCUACUUACUUUAUUUCCGCGUCGUGCCGCACGCUCUGUUAAGGACCGCACGAACUUCCCGGACGUCUCACCUUGCAUCUCUGCAUCGCAUCUCUCUGCUUCAGCGUGUUUAUCUCCGCAUCUCCAUCGCAGGUCGAUAUACUUCGCCAGACUGCCGUCACUCUCUCGUAAUCGCCACACUCACUCCUUUAUCCAACUUCAUCAUUCAUUACAAUGGCUUCCUCGACCGCUGCUUCCGGCUCACUCUCGGUCACUCUCGCUCAGGCCAUCGCGUACCUCACACGCCCGCUCAUCGUGAGCUACUCCGCCACGACUAUCAUCAAGCUGCAACUUGCAUUGGAGACGAACUUGAUUGCUCAGUUCGUGUCUUCCUGGGUCCCGGCUGAGCCGCUUCGUGGCUCUGGCCGGCGCUGCCUCACAUUGUCGCCCAAUGCUGUCCCUCCACGCGCCAUCCACAAUGCUUGCAAGGCUGCGAACGUCGAGUGGUCGGAGUGGAUUGCGCUCCUCGGGGGGCUGGAGUUUGACCUCUUCAUCGACCCAGGGUGCAUAUCGGUACGCUUCGGUAGCUGGGAUUCUGGGAGAGUGAGCAAAUAUUUCGUCGUUUGGUCGGAGGAUUCUGUCGCAGUGUCAGAAGAGAUUUAUCCACCACGGGCUGCUCUUCCUGUGGCGUCUGGCAAGACGCUCGCACAGCAAUUGUCGGAGACGGACCAGGACGAGGAUGAACAACUGUUCGCAAUGAUUGCCGAUGAGGUCCGCGAACCCACAUGGAUGACUCCCAUUGCCACCGAGUUCCCUACUGUCCCGUCCCCUCCACGCUCCACAAUGUCCUCCCCUGUCUCUAUCCGCUCGGUCUCUUCGAGGCAUUCGCGUUGCAGCUCGUGCACCUCGAGCUCUGGCUUCUCAUUCUCUUCAAACGGCACCUUCGACUCGACUCGUUCCGCGACGACCGUCUCGUCGCGUUCGACAUCUCCUACGGACGAGCAAGCGAAGACCAAGCUUUCCCGCCGUGAGAGAGCCAGGCAGGCGCGUGUCUUCAUUGACACCUCAAAGACCGAGGUGACGAAUUACGAUGGCGGCAAGACAACUGUUCUAACGGGGGGCGUAAUGCUCGGCGCUGGACGCCCUGCUACCCAGGUCAAGCCCGCGACGCACAAGAAGACGAACAGCUCGUGCUCCGACUGGCGCUCCUCCCGUGCAUAAGCACUUAUCCUCUGCCACGAGUGCCACUCUCGACGCUGAUUCUGAAACGACUCCGUCGACGCGAAGGUUCGCGCCUGUCAGCAUGCCUGUCACGAAAAAUAGCACGAGGAAUACCGCAUACAUUCGCCUUACUCUACAUCGCAGUCGCAUUUUUGUAUCAUCUUCGUAGCAUUCUCCAUUCUCACUGACUCGUUCAACUGUAGCUUCUA